GUUUAAUUUUCUUUUGUAUUAUUUUCACAGAUUACCCUGUGAUCUCUUGACCUUUACAAAUGCAUCUCAGACCAAAUUAAUGUACAAUUCCCUGAAAACACUUGGCCCAUCAUGCAUUUUGAUAUUGUCAAACUGAAUGUUUAUUUAUAAUGCUACUGUACUUCUUAGACACUGGAUGUGCAACAUUUAUUGACUUACAAUUAUAUUUCCGUUAUAAUUGUCUGGAUGCUGAUUUGUAAUUUAUCUCAAAGUGUAAUUGAUAUGAAAAAUAAUUUGUAUCUGUGAUUUUUUUUGUGAGGCUGUACGAUAUUGAUGUUAUUCUGUAUAAAUACCCGAUAAUAAAGCAUCAGACUGUAAGAUGAACGUAAAUAUUACAAUCAACGGUCAGUGCUGGUGAUGUGGAAAAACUGAAUUAUGUUGACUGAAAUCACAUUGCAAUUAUAAUUAAGUAUAUGCGAAAUCGAUGUCCUCUAUGGGGAGAUUGUUUACAACGGUAUUCAAACCAUCCCCCACACCCCCAAACUCAGAACUCCUCCUACUUAGCUAACUCGCUCGCACUAUUAGAAACAGCUGACCAACAAAGAAGAAAAUAAAGAUUUUAGGAGAUUGGAAAAGUUAGACGGAAGAAAAAUCAGCGAUGGACUAUUGCACAUCGCUGUCGACGGCUCGAUAACGGACAUUUUUCUUUGCAAACAUUGGAUACGUCAUGGCUAGGUUAGGAAGGUAGCUAGCGAAAUUGUAAGUCUAACUAGCAAAUGUUAGCUUGCUAUGGUUCUAGCAACACAACCGUAACCAUACUUUCUGAACUGCCGAGGAUGACCAGAUUGCUGUGCUCUUAUGUAUAAAAAUUGGGAUCUGGUAUAUUUUUAUUAUCGGGCAUUUUGUUACACUUUUUAUUACAACUAUAUUCUUACACAAAAAACAAUAAAUAGGUCAGGUUAGCUGGCUGCCUAAUUACAGAGCUUAUGGGUCAAGGAACAGCUUAGCUAUUGAAUUGGCGCAUGCCAGCUAGCUACAGUACAGUACGCUUUAUCUUAUGUCAUUGACAAUUCAAUUGCCAAUUUAAUUGGCAUACUCACGCUCGACAUGAUUUGUUAUGUACGACGAUUGGGCACAGUGCAACCCAUCUAAAUGUACUUCGACGUUGACCUGCAAUUGUACAUAUUAGCACCAGUGCUAACUAACUUUUUAGGCGUUAGCUAGAACUAGCUAAUGUACCUGAUAGCAGAAACCAGACAAAGCAACCAGACAUUGCUAGGUAGCUAGCUAUGUUGCAUGUCAAGUCAGCUUUGCAUAGCCUUUUACCUCCUACUAGCACGUUAAAGUUAGUCUGUUGGUUAAAUUGAACCACCUGCUAUCUAAUAUGUUUGGUGGAUAGCUAGUUAUUAAUCAUAGCUAAAACAUACUUGAAUAUACCUUGUCCGCUUUCUAGCGGGACUGUUUGUCAAUCGAAACAAAGAUGUGUUCAGCUGUCAGCGCUGGUUUGGUAGCUAUUUAGCUAACUUGGCACACACAAAGUAAUAGCAGAUGAAUGCAACGCCCACAGAAACGGCUAGGUUGGUAAAGCUCUAGUGGCUACGUUGCUAGCUGCUUAUAGUUAAAACAGUUCCGUUUAUAGAGGUCUGUAAAAUAAUGGCAUUCCAUAGUACCGGUCGGCAGGCGGUGUGUAGUAACUUGUUCCCCGGCUCUGAGUUAGGCCUUAAGUAUUUCUGCGUCAACACAUCCACUGGAGGUACUUCCACGGGCCUCAGUGCAACACCGAAUCUGACUGGCCCCACUGCCCCGGCGGGGACUCCUCGCCACCCUACAUCUCUUGUGGGAAGCACCGGCGGCGGGGCUGCUGUACCUCAGCCUUAUAGUAACCCAGCCAGUGAAGUGCCAAGCCCAGCCGAAAUGGAGCCGGAUCGCCCAAUCGGUUAUGGAGCAUUUGGUGUGGUCUGGUCAGUGACUGAUCCUCGUGAUGGAAGGAAAGUGGCUCUAAAGAAAAUGCCAAACGUCUUCCAGAAUCUGGUUUCCUGCAAGAGGGUCUUCAGAGAGUUGAGGAUGUUAUGCUUUUUUAAACAUGACAAUGUGUUGUCAGCCCUGGAUAUUCUGCAGCCUCCACAGAUUGAUUGCUUUGAGGAGAUGUAUCCUUUUAAAGAAAGGAAUCUUUUUCGUUUCCUUGACUCAUGGGCUUGUAGCUAUGUGAUAACAGAGUUGAUGCAGAGCGACCUUCACAAGGUCAUAGUGUCACCACAGCCCCUCACCACUGACCACAUUAAGGUCUUCCUUUACCAGAUCCUCAGAGGGCUGAAGUACCUACAUUCUGCAGGAAUUUUGCACAGGGACAUUAAGCCUGGAAAUCUGCUUGUCAACAGCAAUUGUCUUCUUAAGAUCUGUGAUUUUGGGCUGGCUCGUGUGGAGGAGCCAGACCCGUCGCGUCAUAUGACCCAGGAGGUGGUGACUCAAUACUACCGGGCGCCCGAGGUGCUAAUGGGCAGCCGCCAUUAUGGCUCAGCCAUCGAUGUGUGGUCAGUGGGAUGCAUCUUUGCUGAGCUGCUUGGCAGACGCAUCUUGUUCCAGGCCCAGAGCCCCAUCCAGCAGUUGGACCUAAUCACUGACCUGCUUGGAACCCCACCUCUCUCUGCCAUGGCAUCUGCUUGUGAAGGAGCCAGGGCCCACAUCAUGAGAGGACCACACAAACCGCCCUCGCUCUCAGUGUUGUACAUGCUGUCAGACGGUGCAACCCAUGAGGCAGUGCACUUGUUGUGUCGGAUGCUAGUCUUUGAUCCUUCUAAGAGGAUCUCUGGCAGUGAUGCUCUCUCCCACCCGUAUCUGGAUGAGGGCCGAUUGCGUUACCACACCUGCAUGUGCCAGUGCUGCUACUCUGUACCCAGUGGCCGUGUGUACACACGUGACUUUGAGCCUCCUGCCGACAGGCCUUUCAGCCACAGCUACGAACACAGUCUGCUCUCUGUCUGGCAAGGCAAAGAGCUCAUCCAUCGCUUCAUAACUGAGCAUCAGCAAGGGAAACGAGUGCCACUAUGCAUCAACCCCCAGAGCGCAGCUUUUAAGACCUUCAUUAGGUCUACUGCUUGGCAUUCCUCAAAGGUCUCCAGGAAGGAGGAGAGAUGAAAGAACAUAUUGUGCCCAAAAUGAAUCAUGGAAAAUGCAUACUAGAACGGGGUUAUUGAUUUGAAAAUGACGAAGAUUGAUUUGGUUCUCUUUGGGAGGGAGCUGUGAUAGAAGAAAUCAUGCCAAUCUAUCAAAAAUCAGACCAAUGGCUAUACGAUCAUAGCAAACACUUACCAAUACCACAUUUCCUUUCAAAACUAGUCUCUAAAGGAAAACAUUUUACAAUAGUGGAGACUUAACUUCUUGCUACUUAAGACUGCUAAUCUAAAGUGUAAAGAUGCUGCUGACCUAAAAGGAAUUUUGAAAGAAAUAGAAAAAAGAAGUUGAAUAAUUAUUGAGAAGUGUAUUAAUAGUAGACCUGAAUCUGCUUGCACCAAUGUGGCUGAUAUUAGAGGAGGAAAGUGAUUUUAAUUAUUUGUUAAAUUGUUUGCUCCAUGUUCAAGUCAUUCCAGCCUUGUGCAAUAAGGAACAUCUCAGCCGCUAUACUGAAUGACAGAUGCGUGUAGACCAGACCCCAACCUUUCCAUUUAAAAAAAUAUUUUGUUUGAUGGGAUUUAAAAACUAAUGACAUAAUUAUUUAUGUUGUAUUUGAGUAAAUCCCCACUUUCACCAAGCGUGAUGCAUUUUGCAUCAAAUAUAACAUGGCUGUAGCCCUUUGCGCUGAUCAUGAACACGAUUGUAUUUAGUGAUUCAAAUUACUCAAGCCUGAUGUGAGAUUAAUUUCUAUCCUCCAUCAUAAAAGGUAAAAUAACUAAAAACGAUCUGAUCGAAAAUGGGAAAUGAAUCAAUAAAAACCUGUGUUGGGGGCAUUGGUGGGUAAAAUGUACUAUGCUAGCUCAAAUGACCAAACUUUAAAUUACGGUGAUUUUUUUGGGGGGAGGGGGGGGUUGCGGCGGCAUGUAUGAUUGUGUGGUGUUAUAUUAUCUAUUUAUUGUGUUUGUAUUUUCUAGCAUUAGUGGCGGUAGACAGUACUUGGAGAUUAUUCUUAAAUCCUGUUGUGUUGAGUGAAUACUGAGCACACUUUGCUUCAGUUAUCUUUAUUAUUACCUCAACAACUUGUGAGAUCGAGAGGGGGAGCCAGUAAACACUGGGUCUGUAUAUAGAUGGAACAAGCUCAACUACUGUGUACUGUGAUGUGAUGUAAUUCCUUUGAAUGAAAUCACACAGUUCUUUAUGGGAUGGUCUCAAAUCAUCCCCUAAACCAUCACAGCUUUUGUGAAGAGGACAGUGAUUAGUCAAGAGGAAUCCACAUGGUAACAAUGACAGCUGGCCCUCUGAAAGGCCAAUGUAUAACUGUUCAUUCUUCACCUGUCCAGAUGUACCUCCAGAAAUGCACAUGGUGGUUGAUUUGAAACAAGGCAUUUUUUGUUCUGUUUCACCCUUGAAGGAGUGGGAUUGAAGAAAGUUCAAUUGUUUGCUGCUUUUUUAAAUUAUAUUUUUAAUUCAGUUUAAGGCUCAGGUGGCCCAUAGCAGACUGUGAAAACUGACAAUACAAGCACCGGAUGGAUGUUCACCAACAAGCAAGAGUGUGCCUAACCCAAUAAGUGGAACCACAGAGCUGUGUAUGUUUUACACAAGUUGGGAUUUACAUCAUAAACAGUCUUUCUCCAGUUAAAGGUAGAAGUUCUCUCUUAACCACAGUAUUCAUUUUAACAUGAUUUGACCAUCAAACCUCAUUGUUGGAUGUACCUGGCUCAUAGCUGUGUUUAAAAAUAAAAAUUCAACCUAAACCAUUCCACCACUUGAGGCCAUUGAGGAGUGAUAGAAUGUUACAAAUGUAUGCAUGUGUGUAUUAUGAUCUAAACAGAGAAAUUGGAUUUGAAUACUGUUGUUGAAUGUUCAGUGGUAGUAGUCAACACUGACAACCCUUAAUUUUUAUAAUUUAAUUUAACUCGAUCUUUGGCCAUUGUUAUAAUUUAUGUUUGUGUUGUGAUCCAUUAUUUUGCCCUUUUGUUGGUUAUCCAAUGUUGAACUUUUGUUAGUAGAAUUUUAGAAUAGAAUGCCAGGGUUGGUUCCUUCGACUCCAAUGCACCCUCUCUAAACAUUAGAUAUCUUUGGUAUGUUUGUGUGAAUAGAAUGUGAAUCACACCCGUUUUCCUUUGUUUGGAUUUUGUCAGUAGGUGUAAGGGAGAAAUGGAAAGCAGUUAAAGUGCUUUGUUGUUAGAUAGGCAUGGGGGAGCAGCAGUUCAUCUGGUCUAUAUUGUGUAGACUUAAUAAAAAAAAAAAAAUUGUGUUGAUUAUGAAUAUAAAACCAAUGUUGAAUACUGCUGUUUUGAAAAUGUUUUUCCUUUUAUUUUGUCAUGUUUAGAAAAGGAUUGACUUGUUCCCAACAAAUACUUGAAUUUCUUAAAACAUUUCUAGAAUAAAGAGUAGGUAAAUUAAUAAAUAGUCCCUGGAGAAUAUAUAUUAGAUUUUUAAUUGUGUUUCACUAAAUUGUUUAUUUGUACAACAUUUUCCUUCAAACAUUAAACCAGUUGUCAUCUGAAGCAGCAGUACAGGUGUCUUUAUAACCAUGUGCAUCAAAAGAUGAACUAUCGACACUGGUGAGGUGGAUCACUUUAUGGUCCUCAUCAGUAAGUCAAGGUAAAACAUUUUGGGUGGUAUUGGGUAUGCUUUGAGGCCAAACUGAUCUUUGAAGUAUUUUAUUAAUUAUUUUUCUGCUCUUUCUAUGUAAGCUUUAUCACAUAACUUUUUUACUACUUUUGCCACUUUGUUCAGAAUGACAAGUAAACUGAUAAACUCAUGCUGGGUGUUAAUUCCAUUUUCUUUCAAAAGUGAGUUGUGGCAAUGUGCAUGUAAUAUGCUGAAAUACUGGUAUAAACGUUGCGUACGCACAAAAAACUUGCGUACGCUGGUUUUCGCGCACACGGUGUGAUGUAUAAACAUUUGAUUGACGUGAGAAUGUGUGGGCCGUCUGUAAAGUCUUCUCUGGCUCUGUAACAUGGCAAAUUCUAACUGAAGUGCCGAAAGUCACCAAACAUUACGAAAUAAAGUUUCACUACUA